GUUUUAGAACAGGCUCUGAAGCAGCCAUGCUGGCUGAGGACACAGCCGGCAGCUGGAGGGCUCAGCUCUCCCAGGUCCUCGUGGGGAAGGAAGGCAGGAGUCUCCUUCCUGGCCCAUGUCAUUGCAGUUGCCCUGCUCACACACACUUUUUUUUUUUUUUCCCUGUAGAGUAACAGCCUUGUGUGGCUGUAGACAGUGUUCAACGGGCAAUAGAUUUCUGAGGGGAACAAGCUCAGUGAUGUUCUCAUAGGUUUUGGACCUGGCAGCUUCAAGACAGAAGUGAACCCUUAAAUGAUGGAGUUAGGAAAAUCUCCUCAGUGGGCAAGUUACUGGAAUUCCCAGUGCACCACUUUCGGGAGCACUUGGUUCAGUUCACAGCCAGGACUCACGCUAUUGCUUGUGCUAUGAGGCGAGAUGCUUUCUGCUGAGUUCCCAGUUGUAGCUCAGCUGAUGCCGUUACGUGGCCUGCUGUUUUUUGCAGUACCAGCAGGAAAAUGGAAUAAAUUGGUUAUUCUUAGUGCUCAAGUCGUUCCUGCUCCCCUCUCCCCAGAAGAGGACUUUUACAGUAAUCACAGCAGUGAUGCACAAGGUUUUCAUGGUGGCCUGCUGGGGUUCUUGCUCGUGUCUGCGGGAUUUUUGCUGUGCUGAGCUUGCAUGAGGUCAUGCUUGAAGAACCCUAAUUGCAUCAGGAGCCUCAGGAGAGACCAGGUGAAGGAGGCCCCCAGACCGGCACCAUGACGGAGUGCUUCGACUGCGACAACUGCAAGGAGUCCCUGUACGGGCGCAAGUACAUCCAGAUGGACAACGGCCCGUACUGCAUCCCCUGCUACGACGCCCACUUCGCCAACACCUGCGACGAGUGCAAAGAGCUCAUCGGCCACGACUGCAGAGAGCUGUACUACGAGGAUCGCCACUACCACGAGCACUGCUUCCGCUGCUUCCGCUGCGACCGCUCGCUGGCCGACGAGCCCUUCACCUGCCAGGACGAGGAGCUGCUGUGCAACGACUGCUACUGCAGCGAGUUCUCCUCCAAGUGCAUCGCCUGCGAGAAGACGGUCAUGCCAGGGUCCCGCAAGCUGGAGUACAACGGACAAACCUGGCACGAGCACUGCUUCAUAUGCAGCAGCUGCCAGCAGCCCAUCGGGUCGCGAUCCUUCAUCCCAGACCAGAAGGAUUAUUACUGUGUCCCCUGCUACGAGAGCAAGUUUGCUCCUCGCUGCACUCGCUGCAAAAAGACCCUGACCAAGGGAGGAGUGACCUACCGGGACGAGCCGUGGCACAAGGAGUGCUUCGUCUGCACGGGCUGCAAGACCCCCCUGGCUGGCCAGCAGUUCACCUCCCAGGAUGACAACCCCUACUGCAUCAAGUGCUUUGGAAACCUCUAUGCCAAGAAGUGCAGUGCCUGCACAAAGCCCAUCACAGGCUUUGGUGGAGGUAAAUAUGUCUCCUUUGAGGACCGUCACUGGCACCAUAAUUGCUUUAACUGCGCCCGCUGUAACACCUCGCUGGUCGGGAAGGGCUUUAUCCCUGACAACGAUGAGAUCCUGUGCCGCGACUGCAGCAGCGACCUAUGAGCCUCCGACGACACCGUGGGGCAGGGGCUUUCUCUAUUCUUCAGGGUCUUUGUGCCAGAAACCCCUGACAGCAUUUCAGGGGCCGGGCACAAGGCGUAGGAGAUGAGGGCUGCCCCCGAACCGCGGUGUGUGUUCAGGAGGUUCCUUGUGCCCCUCCCUGAAGGCUAGAGUAUGCUAUGCUAAGGCUCUGUGCAGAGCCAAAGCUAAAUAAAGUUGAAAAAAAGGAGCUUCAAGAUCCCCCAUUAUUUACUCUUUCCUUUUGCUUCCUGUCUGACCGGGCACGAGCUGAGCAAAGGGCGGCAGCAGCGGCUUCAGCGCUGGGCUGCUGGGUCUGCACGCUGGCAGCAUGCAUUCGCUCCCCUUGGCACAGCACCGAGCCUUCUCUUUUCCCCGGGUGCUCCCCUUGCUCUGCGUGCUGUAAGGCUGCAGCUCCCUGUCCACGCGGCUUGGCCCUUCAGCCCGUGCCCUGGGUGGUUUUGCAGCACAGCCUUCCCCGCUUCCCCGCGCCGCUGCACCGCCCACGCAUGCAAGGCUCUCUGCCCUAUUUUGGGAGGUUUGGGGACACCAAGGCUGGAGCGUGGCCAGGAGCAGAGCAUGUCACCCGAUGAAAUCCACCUCUGGAUCUCUGUAGCCACCUUGCUGCCUGUGUGCCAGGCCCUUUUCUCGGCGUGGCUCGGUGGCACAGCGCUCACUUAGGAGCAGAAAGGGAGCUGGCAGCGCUCACAGGUCUGGAGCGCUCUGUCCCGAGCCCCUGCCUGCCCCGGCCGUGCCCAAGCAGGAGCCCAUGGGUCCGAGCCACUGCUUGUCCCCGAGGCACCUCUGGCCAAGCCCCAGGGACACGCAGGGCUCCAUCUGUCACGGUGUCCCCAGCUUGUUCCUGCCAGCGCUGAGCAUCCGCGGUGUGCACGGGGCUCCUGGGGAGGGGCUUUGUGUCUCCAAGCCCCUGCUUUGUCCUAACUGCGUACAACAGGACGCCCUGAGCUCACCCAAGGGCUUCUGCCAUCCUUGCCUGGUGGCUGGGCUGGCCCGGGGCCCCCCCAGAGCCCCUCUGCAGGGGGGUGCUUGUGCCUGCCUCGUCGCCAUCCCCCCUGCUCUGUCCUGCUCAGGGUUACUUGUCCCAGCCCUGCUUUCCUGCUUAGACCGCCACAUGCUUCUCUGAAGGCAUCUUCUUGUGUUUUUCUUUGUUUUUUUUUCUCCUUUUGUACUCUUUUGUCAUGAAUAUCUGUCAUUUUGUAACCAGCUGCGGGAUGAAGGGGCUAGCCCCCCUGCCCAGGAUUCAUGUAGGAGUAAAAAAAAAAAAAAAGUUAUGCAUGUUGAAGUGUUAUUAACUCUGUAUUCUGAUCCCUGUUGAACCCUUGUUUGAAAGCUUUGAUGCAGGCAAAUCAGAGUUUGUGUGUUUGCUACUUUGAGGUGCUUGGAGCAGUCUCUAGAAGGAAGUGUCCUAAACCUCAGCCUCCUGUAUGUUUCCUACGGCUUUCCAUAAUAAACUGUUUUAGUGACA